AUGACAUCAACCACCACGUUCAAGGUCUCUGCAGACUCUCCAGCUUCCAUCAGCAGCAUCAAGAUCAAGACUGCCGCGAUGACAGAAGCAAUCACCAUCCGCAACCAGCUCGCCUCUCCUCUACUGCGACUCCCAGGCGAGAUCCGCAACAAGAUAUACGCCUACACCUUUCCUGGCACUGUCCUCAGUGUCGUGCCUUAUUUUGGAAAGCUAAAGGACCCUAAGGGAGGCUAUUACCUACUCUUCACCUGCCGACAGAUCCUCGUCGAGGCCAAAGAAGUCUGCAUGGACAACUUAGUGCUGCAGCUGCCGCCCCUGAAGCACAUGUUUGCUUUCCGCAAGACCGUUUCCGCGUCGACUGUAGAGCCUAUUCGCCGUAUCAUGGUGUCGGCAAAACUGGCCCGAUUCAUGGUACUCGCCCCUGAUCAUAGGAAUGCGUUGCAGGUCAUCGGAUCUCGCUUGGCUUCCCUAGAGGUCGUUGAAGUCUGCGACAUCUUUCUUCGGUCAGGAUAUGAACGCACAGUCCUUGCUAAAUACCUCCUCAAGGCCAUUGGAAAUCCGCUCGUCCAGGUGAAGUUCAUUCUGUGCGAUGGAUGUAAGGGUAGAAAUCUUACUUCUAGCGAGACAUGA